UCACAGCGUAAAAGAUGGCGGACAGAAACACCACCGGCGAGGAUCUCACGUUCCGUCUAGCGACUCAGAGCGACUAUGACGCCGUCAUGAGCAUAUCCGAGGGCGUGUACGAAGGCAGGGACUACCUUCCCGCGUUCUACAGGUCAUUCGUGGACGAUCCUGACGUCAUUGUGUUCUUGGCUCUGGUCGGAAGCCAAGUGGUGGGACUGCGGGCAUCCAAGAUCACCGAGAAUGGAACUGCCUUUAUCGUCAAAGCCGCUAGGGUCGCCCCUGACUGGAGGGGACAGGGAAUCGACGGGCGGUUGUCUCUUCACCAGGACGAGUGGAUGCGACAGAACCGCCCCACGGUCAAGUACAAAAGAUCCACGGCGUUUUCACUAGCGACAGGCGUGGUGGAAUCUAUGAAUAAGAAGAUGCGGUACAUAUUUGGCAUGCCCUUCAUAGAGUACCAGUGCGGCCCCGGUCUCUGGUGGCGACAGGAUCCUGCUCAGCUGGCUCAACUGGAGCCGACCGGCUUACCGGACGUCGUGCCUCUACAGGACGCAGACGACGACUUCUGUACGGCCGUACAGAAAUGGCUUCCCGCCGGGGCUUGUGGCGGCUACGACGGCAAACCUGUCAUACUGGUUGACUGGGACCCUUACACCUUAUCCCCAACUAACUUAAAACGUCUACAAGCAAACAACACUAUUUACACGUUGAACCACGAAGGAGAAUCCAGUCUCAGUCUUUCCAAUACAUACCUCUCGCCUACGGUGAGAAUAUUGUGCGUCCAAAUCUACUCCAAGGACUUUCCAACCGUCUUAAAACACCUGUUAAGGCACCUGAAGGAUACAAGUCACACCUACCGCAGUGAUGUGUUGUGCGUGGGUGUGUUUGUACCACAGUGUGAGUUAGAUGACACAAUCCACGAUCUCUGUAAGCAAACCUUACAGAUGGAACAGGUCCAUCCUCCCAAGGCACAGGCGCUGGUUUAUGAAUCUGAAAUGUGAUGUGACGACUGAAACUACGUUCUAGUGUACGAGUAAUCUCCAAGCAGAUCUUUUGUAUUAACAAAUUCUUGUAUUAAUAAAAAUUACAGUCUUCCAUAUACAAGUACUUGUAGUAAAUGUUGAUGAUAAUAUACCGGGUAAGUGUUUGCAAUAAAAAGAAAAAGGCACGGACAUGUAUUACGUUGCAUUGUAUUGUAUGAUUACUAUUACUUUUGGAUGA